CGUUGCGGCUGCCAUGGCGGCUCGCGGCGUGGGUCUGCUGACCCGCCUGUCCCUCUGCUCGCGGAGGAGCCCGGCGCAGCGGCCCGUGUUCAGGCCCUCCAGCAGCGCGGGCCCCGCGGCCGUGGAGCUCCGCGGGGAAGAGCAGCCUCCGGGAGGCGAGGGCCCAGGCACUGAUGACAAGACUCCCAAAAAGAGAUUCUCUGAGGUGCAGAAAGAAAGACGAGAACAGGCACAGCGGACUGUCUUAAUACAUUGCUCUAAUAAAAUCAAUGAAAGAAAGUUUCUCAAUUAUUUAUCUCAACAUGGACCUAUUAAAAAUCAUUUCUUCUAUGAAAGCUUUGGUCUGUAUGCUCUUGUAGAAUUUUGCCAGAAGGAUGCUGUAGAUUCACUGUGGAACAGAAGUCAGACUCCAAGUCUGAGCACAGAGGCUGUGAUUCCAUUUCGAUCGCGUUUCUUCAGUUUCAAGCUGAGGAACCCGUCAGGCCAGGGUUCUGGACAGCCCUGCGUGAAGAUGAGCAAUCAGUUGCCUCCUAAAAGCAGGAAGCUUUUCGAUAUACUUUAUUAUGCAGAAAGUGUAGAUGAUCAGCUGAACAGUCUGCUGAAGGAAUUUGAGCUCACGGAGGAGAACACCAAGCUCCGCUAUCUUACCUGCUCCCUCAUUGAAGACAUAGCAGCGGCUUAUUUUCCCGACUGUACCGUCAGACCUUUUGGUUCCUCAGUGAACACUUUUGGGAAAUUAGGAUGUGAUCUGGACAUGUUUUUGGACCUAGAUGGAUUUAAAACACAAACCACUAACAAGAACAUUGGAAAUUUUUGGAUGGAAUUUCAAGUGAAAAGUGUUCCUUCAGAAAGAAUUGCGACUCAGAAGAUCCUGUCUGUGAUAGGAGAGUGCCUCGACCACUUUGGCCCCGGCUGCGUGGGGGUGCAGAAAAUCCUGAAUGCUCGCUGUCCACUUGUGAGGUUUUCUCACCAGCCGUCUGGGUUUCAGUGUGAUUUGACUACUAACAAUAGGAUUGCUCUGAAAAGCUCAGAGCUUCUUUAUAUCUACGGUGCCUUGGAUUCAAGAGUGAGAGCCUUGGUGUUCAGUAUACGACAUUGGGCUCGUACACACUCACUGACAAGCAAUAUUCCUGGUGCUUGGAUUACAAACUUCUCCCUUACAAUGAUGGUCAUCUUCUUCCUCCAGAGAAGAUCACCCCCUAUUCUUCCAACCCUGGAUUCCCUAAAAUCCCUAGCCGGUACUGAAGAUAAAUGUGUAAUAGAAGGCAACAAUUGUACCUUUCUUAGUGACUUGAAUAAAAUUAAACCUUCAGGAAACACAGAAACACUAGAAUUACUACUGAAGGAGUUUUUUGAGUAUUUUGGCAAUUUUGCUUUCAAUAAAAAUUCCAUCAAUAUUCGACAGGGAAAGGAACAAAACAAACCUGAUUCAUCUCCUCUGUACAUUGAGAAUCCUUUUGAAACUUCACUCAACAUAAGCAAAAAUGUAAGUCAAGGCCAGGUGCAAAGAUUUGUAGAUAUGGCCAGAGAAAGUGCUUGGAUUUUAGAUCAGGACAACCGAGUUUCCUCCGAAGAUAGGCCCUGGGGCCUGGCAGCCCUUCUGAUGCCCUCCACAAACAUCAAGUCUCGCAAGAGGUCCAAGAGCAAGCCCGCAAGUGAGAGAGUCAGGAGCUUGCUAGAAUCUAUUAAACAAGGCAACACCGUAGUUCCUGAUAGCACUGAUGGGAAAAGAACCAUGGGUACGCAGACAUAGUGCGGCUGCAGGCCGAGGUUGGCCCCUGGCUGCCAGGGAGGCCUGGUGUGGACUUCUCCAAGGCAGCUGUCGUUCCCGGCUGCUGUGUCACUCUGGAUGUGUUCAUUCAGACCAGUGUGGUACCCAGGCAGCAGGCACAGCGUGGAUGACAAAGACUGGGAUGGACUUUUAAAUAACCUGUUCCCACCUAAUGGCAAAAAUCAGUUUUCAAAUCAAACCAUUGUCGAUGUCCACGUCAGUCCCUGGAUGGAAAGCAUUUUGAAGGACUUCUGGUGUCUGUACAUCGGCAAUGAAUGCAAUAAAGCUUCUGAAUUUGGUAAU